GCAGGCACCGCCGCCGCCCGGACUGGGAACGCAGCGCGCGCGGCCAUGGCCUCGGGCCCCGCGGAGGCGGACACGCGACAGAGGCUGCUGCGCACCGUCAAGAAGGAGGUGAAGCAGAUCAUGGAGGAGGCCGUCACACGCAAGUUUGUCCAUGAGGAUAGCAGCCACAUCAUCUCCUUCUGUGCGGCUGUGGAGGCCUGCGUCCUGCAUGGGCUGCGGCGGCGGGCGGCUGGCUUUCUGCGCAGCAACAAGAUUGCAGCUCUGUUCAUGAAAGUGGGCAAGAACUUCCCGCCGGCUGAGGAGCUGAGCCACAAGGUGCAGGACCUGGAGCAGCUGCUCGAGAGCGCGCGAAACCAGAUCCAGGGCCUCCAGGAGAAUGUGCGGAAGCUGCCGAAGCUGCCCAACCUGUCCCCACUCGCCAUCAAGCACCUGUGGAUUCGCACUGCCUUGUUUGAGAAGGUGCUGGACAAAAUCGUGCAUUACCUGGUGGAAAACAGCAGCAAGUACUACGAGAAGGAAGCCCUCCUGAUGGACCCUGUGGACGGCCCCAUCCUUGCGUCUUUGUUGGUGGGGCCCUGUGCCCUGGAGUACACCAAGAUGAAGACUGCGGACCACUUCUGGACCGACCCCUCGGCGGAUGAGCUGGUGCAGAGGCACCGAAUCCACAGCUCACACCUGCGCCAGGACUCCCCCACCAAGCGUCCGGCCCUCUAUAUCCAGAAGAGGCAUUCGAGUGGCAGCAUGGAUGACCGACCGUCCCUCUCUGCCCGUGACUACGUAGAGUCCCUGCAUCAGAACUCCCGGGCCACGCUGCUCUAUGGCAAGAACAAUGUUCUGGUUCAGCCGAGGGAUGAUAUGGAAGCUGUGCCAGGGUACCUGUCCCUGCACCAGACAGCUGACGUCAUGACCUUGAAAUGGACGCCUAACCAGCUGAUGAACGGGUCGAUGGGGGACCUGGACUAUGAGAAGAGUGUCUACUGGGACUAUGCCAUGACCAUCCGUCUAGAGGAGAUUGUGUACCUGCACUGCCACCAGCAAGUGGACAGCGGCGGGACAGUGGUGCUGGUCAGCCAGGACGGGAUCCAGAGGCCGCCCUUCCGCUUCCCCAAGGGAGGGCACCUCCUGCAGUUCCUCUCAUGCCUGGAAAAUGGGCUGCUCCCUCAUGGGCAGCUGGACCCUCCACUCUGGUCUCAGCGGGGAAAGGGCAAAGUAUUUCCCAAACUGCGCAAGCGAAGCCCUCAGGGUUCCGCCGAGUCCACGUCUUCAGAUAAGGAAGACGACGAGGCCACAGAUUACGUGUUCAGGAUCAUCUACCCCGGCAUGCAGUCUGAAUUUGUUGCUCCUGACUCCCUGGGCAGCACUGCCCCCGACUCGGAGAGCCCCGCCUGGACGGUGGUUCCUGCCGGCCGGUCCGUGCUGGUGGUGGCCAGGGGCGGUCAGUGGGCGCGAGCCAGAUGGGACGCCACCUUCCCCAGGCCGGGCCUGAAGCUACAGCCCCCCAUCCCCCAGGACCUGAUGGAUGUCUCCGUGAGCAACCUACCGCCCCUAUGGCAACCCAGCCCCCGGAAGUCCUCCUGCUCAUCCUGUUCACAGAGUGGCUUGGCUGAUGGUGGCUCAUCCAAUGGGUGCAACCAUGAGAGGGCCCCGCUGAAGCUCCUCUGUGACAACAUGAAGUACCAGAUCCUUUCCAGAGCCUUCUAUGGAUGGCUUGCCUACUGCAGACACCUGUCCACCGUGAGGACCCACCUGUCAGCCCUGGUCAAUCACAUGAUCGUGUCUCCGGACUUGCCCUGUGAUGCUGGGCACGGGCUGACGGCCAGGAUCUGGGAGCGGUACCUUCAGGACAGCACAAGUUACGAGGAGCAGGAGCUGCUACGCCUCGUCUACUAUGGGGGCAUCCAGCCGGAGAUCCGCAAGGCCGUGUGGCCCUUCCUCCUGGGCCACUACCAGUUCGGGAUGACAGAGACAGAGAGGAAGGAGGUGGACGAGCAGAUUCACGCGUGCUACACACAGACAAUGGCCGAGUGGCUGGGCUGUGAGGCAAUCGUGCGGCAGAGGGAGCGGGAGUCCCACGCGGCUGCCUUGGCUAAAUGCUCGUCAGGGGCCAGCCUGGACAGCCACCUGCACCGGAUGAUGCACCGGGACUCCACCAUCAGCAAUGAGUCCUCCCAGAGCUGCAGUUCCGGCCGACAGCAUGUCCGCCUGCAGAGUGACUCCAGCAACAGCACACAGGUGUUUGAGUCUGUGGACGAAGUAGAGCAGGUAGAGGUGGAAGGCAGGUUGGAGGAGAAACAGCCCAAGAUCCCCAAUGGGAACCUGGUGAAUGGCACCUGCUCCCCGGACUCUGGCCAUCCCUCUUCCCACAACUUCUCCUCGGGCCUCUCGGAGCACUCGGAGCCCAGCCUGAGCACAGAAGACAGUGUCAUGGACGCCCAGCGCAACGCCCCCCUGGCGCUCCGACCUGGGGACAGCAGCGCGGAUGACGGGCAGAGCAGCGAGGCCACCACCUCCCGGGAGGAGGCCCCCCGCGAGGAGCUGGCUGUGCAGGACAGCCUGGAGAGCGACCUCCUCGCCAACGAGAGCAUGGACGAGUUCAUGUCCCUCACUGGCAGCAUGGACGUGGCCCUGCCCGAGAAGGAGGGGGCUGCCAUGGAGGGCUGGGGGGGCGGUGAGGUGGAGAAGCACAGCCAGGUGGACAGCGAGGACAACCUCUCAGAAGAGCCCGAGAUGGAAAGUCUCUUCCCCGCCCUGGCUUCUCUGGCCGUGGUCACUUCUGCCAACAACGAGGCGUCCCCCGUGUCUUCCAGCGGUGUCACUUACUCUCCGGAGCUCCUGGACCUGUACACGGUGAAUCUGCACCGCAUCGAGAAGGACGUGCAGAGGUGUGACCGCAACUAUUGGUACUUCACGCCCGCCAACCUGGAGAAGCUACGCAACAUCAUGUGCAGCUACAUCUGGCAGCACAUUGAGAUCGGCUAUGUCCAGGGCAUGUGUGACCUCCUGGCUCCAUUGCUGGUCAUCCUGGAUGAUGAGGCCCUCGCCUUCAGCUGCUUCACGGAGCUCAUGAAGAGGAUGAGCCAGAACUUCCCCCACGGAGGCGCCAUGGACACACACUUUGCCAACAUGAGGUCGCUGAUCCAGAUUCUGGACUCAGAGCUCUUUGAGCUGAUGCAUCAGAAUGGGGACUACACUCACUUCUACUUCUGCUACCGCUGGUUCCUGCUGGAUUUCAAGCGAGAACUCGUCUACGAUGAUGUCUUCUCUGUCUGGGAGACCAUCUGGGCAGCCAAACACGUCUCAUCUGCCCACUACGUCCUCUUCAUUGCGCUGGCUCUGGUGGAGGUCUACCGUGACAUCAUCUUGGAGAACAAUAUGGACUUCACGGACAUCAUCAAAUUCUUUAACGAAAUGGCUGAGCGGCACAACACCAAACACGUCCUGAAGCUGGCCCGGGACCUCGUGUACAAGGUGCAGACUCUGAUCGAGAACAAGUGAGGGCCUGCUCUCCCCGGGCCGUGUCCGCCGAGCUGCCCGCCAGCCCGCUUUUCCUCUCGGCUGCCCCAGGACGAGGUCCCCGUGUCUGUUCAUGAGCAUGGACUUCUGUGCAAAGAGAAACUACCCCAACUUUGGCCACCCAGGCAGGUGGGGUCGAGGGGUUGCCCCUUCAGUUCAGCCUUACGUUUUUCCGUUUGACCAAAGAUUGUCCAAGGGAGUCAGGGUGCGUCAGCGGACGGAGGGAGCAUUUUCAUGGGUGGCCUCCAGAACGGUCGCCUCUCUCUUGUUCUGUCCCAGUCCCUCCAAACUGUUCUGUCAGAUGAGACUCAGGGAGGGAAUUUUGGGGGGAAUUGGUGUAGGAGAGGUCUGUGGGGCUGCCUCUGUGCUCCGAAAGGGGGCUUUGGAGGUGUUCCAGAACAUGGCUGGAAGGUUGGCUUGGAGCAGUUUCUGCACCCCGCACUGUGGACGUUGGGGCUAGGUAGUCUUUUUGGAGAGGGGACGUGUAUUGUAGGGUGUUGAGCAGCAUCCCUGGCCUCUACCUGCUAGACGCCAGUAGGGCCCCCUCCCCAACCCAGUUGUGACAACCAAGACGUUUCCAGAUAUUGCCAAAUGUCCCCAUUUGAGAACCACUGACGUCGAGGAGGGGCUACCGAUGUAUCUCCCUCCUCGCCUUUCCUUUACAGGGCCUGUAUCCUGAGGCCCCUUCCCAUUCAGAAAAGGCACACGGGAGUCCACAUCCCUUUCAGGGGCUGGAUGCCGCUUGUUGUAUUCUCUCAUUUUUUUCUCCCGACCCCAGGAGAGACUUCUUUUCUUCUUUUCAAGAAAGGUCUCUCCCUGGAAGGGUGGUGGAAUGUGAGAAAUGUCUGUAGGUGUGAGACAGCCUGAGGCUCCUUGGGGUCCCUCCCAGAGUCCCUCUCCUUCCCCCCCAUACAGGGCAGAGUGCACAUCCCUUUCUUCCCCUCCUGGGAAAGACCUCACCUCUCCUUCUGCACGUGGGGUCUGGUGCUCCAGAAGCUUGGAAGGUGUGUGUUGGUGAAAGCUACUUCUAGAGAAGUCAGGGAGGCUGGCUUUUCCCUAGGUGCCUUGGCUCGCUCAGGACAAAGGAGGAAAAGGAAGGCAGAGGUCAGCCAGGGUAGACUGAGGUCAGCCAGGGUAAGACUGGGGCAUGUGUUUUCCUUGGGAAACAUGCCGAUGACCUGGCGCCAGGGUCAUGGCUAAGUCUGGGAAUGGUCCCCUCCGUGUCUUCACACAAAGGGUUGCCAGUCACAGACAGACCCUGAGCUAGUUGGUUCGCCCUGCCUACCUGUCCUUCUGCUCGAGCGGUCCUGCCAACCCCCUUCUGAGAAUGCCUGGGACUCGGGAGAAAUAGCGUCAGUUUGGAAGGCUCCUCCCCGGAAUGUCAGGGAGGAUUUUGGAGAGGGGAGACUCAAAGCACAUGGAAGCGUUCAUAGAGAGAGUGCAUUAGUCCUCUGUCCUGAGCAAACCAGGAGGGGGGAGGAAUCCCUGCCUUGCGUGCUUGUGAAGGCUAAUCCCUCGGUCCCAGUGCCUUCAGCCGCAUCCACCCCCCCGCCCCCGCCAGUCCCUGACGUGGGGGCCUCUUGAGCAGGACGGACGAGACCUAAAUGACCCUUGCCUCCGAAGAGUAUGCUCCGUGACAAUUGCAUCUCCCCGCUCUGGUCCCCUGCCUUCCCAAGAUGGGGGUAAAAUAUGUGCAAAAGGCCCCUCCGGAUCAAAGACUGUCUAGUCACUCAGCUGUUCAUUACAGAGGACAUUAUUUUAGCAAGACCCAGGUCCUAGACCUUCCGAUUCUUAUUUAUUUUCUCAGACCAGUCACAAAGUACAGCACACAGUCUCUUCUCCGCUUUCUCUCUCGUGGUAUUCCAGAGAAGUGUCCAUGGUUGUGAUUUGGAACAACUCCUAUUUAUUCGGCUUACUGUGCUUUUUUCGGUCUCUGUACAUCGUGUGCGUCCUUGUGUCCUGGAAAUCGAGUGUGUGGGAAGUCGUUCUGUCUAUGGAGUGCCCUCCUCCUUUUCUUGUAACUGUUUCCUGAAGAGUUGUGUCUAUAUA